GUUCGUCGAAUGCGGGAAGGGCACGAGUUCAAAGCAACAGACUUUAGAGGAGGUGAUUCAUCCCUUCCACCUCUGAAGCCAGCCGAAAAGGCUGAAGGUGUUGGUGUCAAAAAGAAGUGUCAAAAGCCGUCUGGGCGGUUUGGGAAAGCAUGUGAUGAACCUGGAAGUUCGACUCAGGCGCCUCAGCGUCCUAUUCGACCUCGUCGUGGGAUAUGUAAACAGGCUGAACCAGGAAACUUAUCAGAUAAGGAGCAAGAGCUGAAAGAGUGGAUACGAGUUGAACUGAAAACGCAGUUGGGUAAAUUGCGGAACGAGAUUUUUGACUGGUUGCAUCAUGAUAGGGGAGGCUCGUUCACGGUUCCGCAAAACACAGCAGCCGGUAAAACAAACAGAGACAACAGUCACGCUGACCCUACCGGCAUGGAAGGUCCAAAGAAGCGACGUCCGUUCAGUGGUGAUGGUAAUGAUGAAGCUGAAAUAUUUUGGUCUGAUAGUAAGAAACACAAGAAGAACAACGGCGAUGGGUUUAGCGACGAUGAGACGAUGAGAAUGCAUGAUAAUCAUUGUGAUGGCCGUACGCCAAAUGCUCGCUUCUGGGAAAAGGUAGAUUCAAUGGCGGGCGAAGGCCCCUCUUUCUCGAAGUCGGCAAACAUUCCAGAAGUCGAUGUUUCAACGCCGAUUGGACCAGAAAUUGUAUCAAAGCCAGCAAAACCGACUCUCCCGGAACCGUUGGAGGGCGAGGGGGGAGAUGAGUCUCCAAUAUCAGGGCUAAAUUUGUUAGCAGAAGAGGUUGAAAAGGGGACACGGAGUGACAAUGUCUAUAAAGAUCCACAGGAGAACACUUGUAGGAUGCUUACCGUUUGGUCUCAUCCUGAAUCUUACGUCCUUCCGCCGGAGGAACAAGGUGGUAAAGCGUCACCGACAAAUUCUGAAGAUUACAAGACACCGCCAGAGGAUGAUCCGAUGACUGAAUGUCGCACACCAGACGUUGGGAAUUCGAAGCUGAGUCGAUAUCUGACUAGGUCAUUAAAAAAAGCAGAGCUAGAAGGGAAAUGUAUUCCAAUAAGCUCAACCAAAAAAGAUGACCUCCAGACGAAGCGUAUUCCGAGACGUUCAACAAAGAUUGGAGGAGUGUACACCCCAGACAAGAGAUUGAAGAAGCUUUUCCAAAGCUGCAAGAAACCCAAAUAUACGCCCUUAGCAGACUUGGAGAAAGCGCAGUUUCAAGAGUUUCAGUCAAUUCUCCGCGAGAAACCGGCACAGGAAUUCGAAAUUGUUAUUGGGAUCCAUGUCUCAAAUAAGUUCUUCCUGUCGUUGGCGCGGCCAACAAAUUGGGUCAGUACCGAGCACAUUUCUGUGCUAAUUAGUAUGCUAGUAAGGCGACAUGGACGCAAUUAUCUGAGUCGGAGGUGCAGAUUUGUAGACUACUUCAGUAUUGCGGGCAUCAUAUCAAAGUUCGCAGAGUUCGAGAAGGCCUCAGAUAAAUUGGGAUUCAACUGGGGAGGGCUUGUCAGUUUCAGUUUCACCGGAAAAACGCCGCGUCGGAAUGACAAGAAGGUGUUGUUGGUUGAUGUGGACAGGGUGUACGCCCCAAUGAUGUGGGGAAAAGAUCAUUGGGUUGGUCUUGUGAUCAACUUGACAUGCAGACAAGUGGAGAUUUUGGACUGCAACAUUCCCCUUAAUGAGUCCGAUAAUGAGGUGAACAAGCACAUGGCUUAUCUUCUACGCGCAUUGCCUCAUGUCUUAGCUGCGUUUUCGCCUCCUUCCGAUAGUAGUCAUCCUGAAGAAGACCAAGCAUUUUCAUGGGUGCGUCCAGACAAUAUUUACUUCAACGAAAGGUCUGGCGACUGUGGACCAUGCGCGGUCAAAUUUCUGGAAAUGCAUGCAGCGGGAUACUCCUAUGAGGAUAUGGGGCAGAUCGAUGACAAAAAGGUGGACAUAUUCCGUCAGAAAUACGCGAUGGAUACCUAUGAAGAAUUUAUUGGAAACGCAAAAGUUUAAAACGAUGGUUGAAGACGUGUAUAUUGCCUGCUUCAUUUCGUUUGUUAAACCGAAUUGUUAACGGUUAUUGUAUCUUUUCAUUCAUCCAGACACUAUAAUUCAAACAGAUCAGUUUAUCUUUGAAGGUUUUAUAUCGUAUUUCUUAUAUAUUUAGGGUUUAGGGUUUAGGGUUUAGUGUUUAGGGUUUAGGGUUGCAUGUUUAGGGUUUAGGGUUAUUAGAGUAUAAUAUCCAUGCAAGAUCUCACCAUAGUGUGUUAGUUAUUUGUUUCAAAGGAAAACAAUUUCAGAAGUAGUUGGUGUUUUUACUGUUUCAUUUAAUAAGUAUUAGUGUAAAAUUUAAAAAUUGAUUGCAAUAACUAUCUCUCUGAGUGUGUUAGGUACAAAAUGUGGGAGGGGAGAAUAACUUUCCUAGUAACUCAUAAGACUCCUUUGUUUAUUUCUUUAUUCUAUAUAUACAUAUUCAAUGCUUCUGAUAAACAUCUCCAACAGAACUCAAUAGUAUGGCAUCUCUAAACAUCCCCAAUCUUCCAGAAGAAAUUUUGUGUAAAAUAAUAGAGAUGGUGGGAGCGGAUUCAUUCUACUAUCUUGGUGGUAUUUUGCGGGCUGGGAAACGCGGUUAUGCACUUGUCCACGAACCCUCCGUCUUAAGGAAGUGUAAUGUUCAGCCAAUGGUCACCUUUGCAACAUGUCAAAUCUGCACUGGUGGUCAGUUUCGAGAGUUUUUCAUCAAGUGCGUAACAGCUGGCAACACAAACGCUAUCUACUAUGAAGGGCUCUAUGCAGCACUGAUCGUAGGUCCUGAGAAAUGUAUUAGAAUAUUGCAACCAAAUGUCCCAAAUCAUGAUUUAUCAACUUUAGCAGUCGGCAUUUUCAACGUGUGUAUUGGCAAUGACAAGGAAGCCAGUAAACUGUUUCAGCAGUUCGAAGCUAAUCACUAUGACCUUCGCUCGGAUGCGAUAGUUGGACUGGGAGCUGAUCUAGAGUGGCGAUUGAUAUCAUUUGGAGCGCCAUACAUGAACAGAUAUGGUGCAUCUUUCAAAUUUCCGGAUGAUGAGGUAAUCAAGUCACCAAGCUGCCUUUAUGGCCAUGAUUACACAGUCGAUUUUGAAGGUUCUUGUAAAAACUGCAGGCUAUUUUGGAUAUGCUGCAACAUUUCUCACAUCCUCUAGGACUUUAUUUAUGUUAUCCUCGAUGUUAUCUGUUUUCUAUCGUAUAGCUUAAGUAUUCGUAGACCUUAAGUAUUCGUAUACCUUAAGUAUUCGUCAAUGUUAUCUGUUUUCUCUCGUAGACCUAAAGUAUUCGUCAAUGUUAUAUGUUUUCUCUCGUAUACCUUCAGUAUUAGUAUACCUUCAGUAUCUGUAUACCGUUUAAUCAAUGAAAAGUGAGUAAAGAUAAAUAUUAAUGGAAUUAUGAAUAGAGAUGUCAAUUGGGCUGUCCAUGUCCAAUGGGUAUGUCCUUUGGACAAAGCAGUUUAUUGGACAUUAAUCUUAAGUCCAAAUUGUACCUAGUCCAAAUUGUCCAAACACAAAAAAAGACCAUUCCAAAACAGACCCUUCCAAAUAGAACCAUAAACCAUUCCAAAUUGGACGUCCAUGUCCACAUGGUUUUAGCCCAUCUAAUUUGGACUUAAUAGGUUUCAGUCCAUUUGACAUCCCUAGUUAUGAAUGUUAAGUAAUAAAAGUGAGUAAUUAAUGGAAUUAUUCGUAGACCUUAAGUAUUCGAAUACCGUCAGUGUACGUAGACCUUAAGUAUUCGAAUACCGUCAGUAUACGUAGACCGUGAGUAUUCGUAUACCGUCAGUAUUUGAAUACCGUUAGUAUUCGUAUACCGUCAAUAUUCGAAUACCGUCAGUAUUUGUACACCGUCAGUAUUCGUAUACCGUCAGUAUUCGUAUACCGUCAGUAUUCGAAUACCGUUAGUAUUCGUAUACCGUCAGUAUUCGUAUAAUUAGCAAUUCCUAAUUUUACUAAUAUUAAACAUGCAUAAAAAGACAGCAAUAAUAAACAGAAAUCAUAAAUUUUAUUAUAUAAUAUAAUAAAGAGUUCAAAAAAAAAAGAGAUCAACAUAAUUACAAAAAACAAUAAAAUUCAAAAUAUUUAAUAAUAUUAAAAGAGGAGGAGGUUCCUAGUCGGAGUCGGAGGUGCUGGAGUCGGUGCCGGAGCUGUCUGGGUAGUUGUCCAUCCUGAACUGCCCAGAACCCAAUGUGUCGUCGGUCCAGUCGGAAGCGUCGUCAUCCACGUCCGUGUCCAUCUGCAUCCACUCCCAGUAGUCACCUUCUUCAUCGUCCUUUAACCCCGUCUCUUCUUCGCCGGGGUAUCCAUAACCCUCAUCCUCCGGGUCACCUUUUCUCUCCGCCUUGCGAGCACGUUUGCUACUGCGGUGAUCGGGGCUUGUGCGGCGGCGUUUGCGAGGGCUGGAUGGAGGUGUUUCCUUUAACCCCUCCUCGACUUCCUCCGCCUCCUCGAACAGGGCCUCGAGUGUGGCGAACUCCUCAGUUUCCAGACCGUCGCGGAUCUCUUCCUUCAAACCGGCCUUGGCCAACAGGAUCAACUGCUGCUCGGUGCGUUCGCCGACUAUAGGCAAACUGUAAAAGAAUCGUUUGUAUUUUGCGACGGUCAUUUUGCCCUGGCUGAUAUCAGACACCAUUUUUGGAAUGAAAGAGUUUUGCAGAGAAAGAGGUUUGCAGAGAAUGUGUUUAGAAAGAUGAAAAAGAUAUUAAAUGACAACAGAGUAGUAUAUAUAUUACGAAAAUAAUUAAUUAAUUUUUUGGUAACAGACGCGGCGUUCCAUUACUACUCCUCGGUUUAAACCAUGCGAAUUAAAUCGUUGCGACUCCUCGGUAGAAUUAAAUCUCCGACUGAUUAGACCAUAUGAAAUGAAGUAGGAAACUUUCUUGUCGUAGACAGAGUUCACUUAAAUUUAUUGGCGUGUUAAAACCAUAAGUGUACGCGUGUUCGUACACCAACGAAGAGAGAGAUGAGAAUACCUUAAGUUCAUACAUUCAUUAGUACAAAUAUGUAUAAAGAAGAUGUCUUUUCCGUGUCAGAAGGUUGCCCUAAUUUCAAACUACGUUAUGAAGCUUACGUAACCGAGGGGUAUAAUGAUGACUUCGUACACCCUAACCGAGGGUGUAUAAUGAUGACUUUUGUACACAUUAUGAAACUACAUUAAUUCAAAUGGGUUUGCUUCUUAAUUGGAUAUGGAUAGGCCCAUUAUGAGAUAAACAGUUAAAAUUUGAUAGAAGAGUACAAAUUAACCUUAAUAUAAAAUUACAUAACAGAGUACAAAUUAACCUUAGAAUCCCUUAACCUUAACAUAAAGAGUACAAAUUUGAUAGAAGAGUACGAAAAUUACAUAAUAGAUCCGACAAAUGCUAAGAUCAGCGAUCCACCAUAAUUAAUUGCUUAAGCUCUUUGAUCUCCUCACGCAUUUGCGCAAGUUCAAAUUGCAGCUCACGGCGGAGCGACACCUCCUCAGCAUACUGACUUCUCAAGCAAUCCAGCUCUUCCUCGAGGGCGGUAAGGCAGUCAUGACGGAUGUGCAAACCAUCGUUCUACAAGAAAAUAUAUUAGAUUUGUUAGCUAAAAACAAUACCAUUUCCGUUAACAAUGGAGGCAAAUUUAAGUAUUGUGAACUCCAAUAUUACCUUAAAAUCUUUGCAUACGUAAUAGUUUCUUCCUCUGUCAUCAGCUUCCACGGUGAUAGCUCCACCGCAGAUACACUUCGUUGGAAUUUUGUAAUUGGCAUAGACACAAUUGCUCACCCAGUCAUACUCCCUUUUGUGAUGCUUCAUCUCUUUAUAGUAAGGAUCCGUCAUUUUGUGGUACUGGUGAGUGUGGUGAAGAGAGAUUGUUGAGUGUUGUGAAGAGAGAUUGUUGGGUGUUCUGAAUUCUACUUAAAUAGUGCAAGAUUGUAACGGCUAUAUUUUACUUCAAAAGCAUUUCUAACGGUAAGUUGCUUCAAAAGCAUUUCUACUUAAAUAGUAGAAUAUAAUAUUGAGAGGGAUAUAUUCACCAUUUUUUUUUUCAAACGUGUUUAUUGGUUCAUAGAAUUUUAGUAGAAUCAUAAAAAAAUGACACAUUACAAAAAACCACAUCAAGAGUUCAUUACUCAUCCGAUUUAUUACAUUACAAAAUAAAGAGUUACUUGAAUAUGAUCACCAACCCAAGUAAAACUAAUAUAAUAACCAUUCCACCAACAAAGUAUUCGAAGCCAUUGGUUAACCUUGUUCUGUUUUCAGCUAACUCAGACACUAUCUUCU